AUGUUCACACUCACUCCCUACACCACGACCAUGGGUCUCCAAGGGCUUCGGCUCAACCUGGCAGUUGCAGCCACAGCUACAUGCGCUUUCUGGCUAUUCGGAUACGACAUGAGCGUCAUGGGCGGAAUCAUUACUGAACAGCCUUUCACCUCAACGUUCCCCGAGAUGAACGAUGCAAGCGUCCAAGGGAUUGUUAUCGCAGCAUUCGAGCUUGGCGCAUUGGUAGGAGCGUUGUCCUGUUUCUACAUUGGAGACAAACUCGGAAGAAGACUCACGGUUUGGUUUGGCAUGGUCGCAAUGGUUAUUGGCGGAGUGCUGCAAUGCAGUGCGUUCCAUGUGGCGCAGUUGCUGGUCGGACGAGUCAUCAGUGGGAUUGGUUUAGGCCAGCAGGUUGCCACUGUACCAGCAUGGCAGUCAGAAACAGCCAAACCACACUCCCGAGGGCGUUGGGUCAUGAUUGAGGGCGGACUCCAAACGUUCGGUGUCGCCAGUGGACAACUCGUCGGAUAUGGCUUCUUUUUUGUACAAGGCCAGGCUCAAUGGAGGGCACCUGUCGGAAUCCAGCUUAUUCCAGCCGUGAUCGUGUUGUGUUUGAUCAACUUCUUGCCAGAGUCACCGCGAUGGCUCGUCAAGCACGGCUACGUAACGGAGGCAACGUACAAUCUGUCGAAGCUUCGAGGGCUCCCAGAACAUCACCCGGACCUUCUCGAAGAACGUGAUGGCAUUGUCGCGUCUUUCGAGGCACAAGCUGAGCUGCCACCGUUUUCUGUUGGCGAGCUGUUCCGAACCGACAACGUUCGAACAUUUUACCGCGUCGCCAUCGGGUUAUUCAUUCAAUCCGCUCAGCAGCUCUCCGGAAUCAACCUCGUAUCAACAUACGCCAACAAGAUCUUGCAAGAAUCGUUCGACCUGGACGCUGGUAUGUCACAUCUGAUCGCCGCGAUGGGUGGCCUGGAAUACACACUCUGUUCUUUGCUCUCGGUGUUUCUAAUUGAAGGCCUUGGUCGACGGAAAGCCUUCAUGUCCACGGCCACCGGCAUGGCCGCCUGCUUCGCUGCCAUCGCGGGUCUUCUUUCGACACCAUCUCGGACAUACCAACUGGCUGCUGCUGGAUUGCUCUUCCUGUUCAAUACAUUCUUCGGCCUUGCGUGGGUCGGAGGGCCAUUCUUGUACAGCGCAGAGAUUGCACCGCUCAGGUGUAGAGCGGAGGCGAAUGCGAUAGCUUCCGGAGGCAAUUGGCUUUUCUGCUUCGUGGUGGUGAUGAUUAUCCCGCCGGCCUUUGCAAAUAUCGGCUACAAGACAUACAUCAUCUUCGCCAUCUUCAACUUCCUGUUCGUACCAGUUCUGUACUUCUUCCUAGUCGAAACGAAGAAGAGGUCGUUGGAGGAGCUGGACGUUGUCUUCGCAGCUGGCGGAAAUCCUGUCCGACGUGAGAAGGAGAUGAGGCAUCAUGUCUCCGUGGAGGAAUCUCGCCGUGUCCUGGGGCUUGAUACUUCGCCAGAGCCCAACGACUUUGAGAAGAUGUCCGAGCUGAAGGCAGAGCGGUAG